AAGGAAUUGCUACAUGCAGGAUUACCUGGGGGAAAAACCAGAGGCUUGCUUUGGUCCCUUCCGGUAAUUGAAAGGACUGGCCGUCAGCGAGGGGGAGGAGAGAGCUUCCCUCCAUAAAUGGUCCCACCCCUGGGCAAGGUGGCUCACAUUGGCAGGUAGCAACCUGGGAGUGUGCACCUGCCACCAGUGAAGCUCAGCCAGACUGUGAGAAGAGGAGAGGCGAGGAACGCCAAGGGAGCGAGUGAACCAUGGACAGAUUGAAGUGCCCGAACUUCUUCAAGUGCAGACAGAAGGAGAAAGUGACAGCUUCAUCUGAGAACUUCCAUGUUGAUGAAAGCGAUGAAAAUCAGGAACGUGGUAACUGGUCCAAAAAAUCAGAUUAUCUUCUUUCCAUGGUUGGCUAUGCAGUGGGAUUGGGCAAUGUGUGGAGAUUCCCAUAUCUGACCUACACCAAUGGCGGAGGUGCUUUCUUGAUACCCUAUGCAAUUAUGCUAGCAUUGGCUGGUUUACCUUUGUUCUUCCUGGAAUGUUCACUGGGACAAUUUGCUAGCUUAGGUCCAGUUUCAGUUUGGAGGAUUCUGCCACUGUUUCAAGGUGUGGGAAUCACGAUGGUCCUGAUAUCCAUUUUUGUGACGAUCUAUUAUAAUGUCAUAAUUGCCUACAGUCUUUACUACUUGUUUGCUUCUUUUCAAAGUGUAUUGCCAUGGGCAAAUUGUUCUUCUUGGGCAGAUGAAAACUGUAGCAGAUCACAAAUAGUAUCUGGCUGUAAUGUGAGCACAGGGACAGGAGAGAUGUUUAUGAAUAUAAGCUGGGUAAAUAUCAACAACUUCACCUGCUUGAAUGGUAGUGAAGUUUUUCGGCCAGGACAACUACCAAGUGAACAGUAUUGGGAUAAAGUUACACUUCAGAGGUCAAGUGGAAUGGAUGAAACUGGAGUUGUUGUGUGGUAUUUAGCACUUUGCCUUCUUCUGGCUUGGCUCAUAGUUGGAGCAGCACUGUUUAAAGGAAUCAAAUCCUCUGGCAAGGUGGUAUAUUUUACAGCUCUUUUCCCAUAUGUGGUCCUUCUCAUCCUGUUAAUACGAGGUGCAACUUUGGAGGGUGCAUCAAAAGGCAUUUCAUAUUACAUUGGAGCACAGUCAAAUUUUACAAAACUCAGAGAAGCUGAGGUCUGGAAGGAUGCUGCCACCCAGAUAUUUUAUUCCCUUUCUGUGGCUUGGGGUGGCCUGGUGGCUCUAUCAUCAUACAACAAGUUCAACAACAACUGUUACUCUGAUGCCAUUAUAGUUUGCUUGACAAACUGCCUCACUAGUGUGUUUGCUGGAUUUGCUAUAUUUUCUAUUCUGGGACACAUGGCUCAUAUAUCUGGAAAAGAAGUCUCCCAAGUUGUAAAAUCAGGAUUUGACUUGGCAUUCAUUGCCUAUCCUGAAGCUCUAGCUCAACUCCCAGCUGGUCCAUUCUGGUCCAUAUUAUUUUUCUUCAUGCUGUUAACAUUGGGCCUUGAUUCUCAGUUUGCUUCUAUUGAAACAAUUACAACAACAAUUCAAGAUUUGUUUCCCAAAGCAAUGAAACGCAUGAGGGUUCCUAUAACUUUGGGAUGCUGUUUGAUUUUGUUUCUCCUUGGCCUCGUCUGUGUGACUCAGGCUGGAAUUUACUGGGUUCAUUUGAUUGAUCACUUCUGUGCUGGAUGGGGAAUUUUAAUUGCUGCUAUCUUGGAAAUUGCAGGAAUCAUCUGGAUUUAUGGAGGAAAUAGAUUCAUUGAAGAUAUAGAAAUGAUGAUUGGAGCAAAAAGAUGGAUCUUCUGGCUUUGGUGGAGAGCUUGCUGGUUUGUCAUUACUCCUAUUCUGUUGUCUGCAAUUCUAGUCUGGUCACUGGUGAAAUUUCACAGACCUGAUUAUGCUGAUAUUCCAUAUCCUGACUGGGGAGUUGCUCUUGGCUGGUGUAUGAUCAUUUUCUGCAUUAUUUGGAUACCAAUUAUGGCUAUCAUAAAAAUAUUUCAGGCAGAAGGAAACAUACUUCAGCGUAUCAUAAGCUGCUCUAGACCAGCUUCGAACUGGGGUCCAUACCUGCAAAAACAUCGUGGGGAGAGAUAUAGAGACAUGGCUGAACCUGCAAAAGAGACUGACCACGAAAUACCUACUAUUAGUGGCAGUACAAAACCAGAAUGAGAUGUCACUCUUGAAAAUAUCUAAUUGUUAUAUAAUGUGAUUUUAUAGAGUAGGGGAUAUUUUUAAUUUAUUUGUAUGUUAAUCAAUUAGGGAAAUGUACAUGUCAUGCUUAGUACUGGAUUGUAAGUACUUUUUCACUUAAUGAAAUAUUAAAAUGUGAAUCUAUCAGGAUUUAGUAAUGUGUUUGUUUCCCUUUAAGAUUAUCUAUUUGUUAGUACAUAUAUCCAGUUUUGUUUUGCAAUGACAUUUUGUAAAUAUUACUGUUAAUUUUUUGUUUUGUUUUGUUUUUAGUGUACCGAAGGUCUCCUGUGAGAAGAUUACUUAGGAAGUAAUCAUACUUUGUACUUUGUGAUUUUAAACACAGUUUCUGUAGUCUAAAUAUGUACUUUUCUCUUUCAUAGAAUAGGGAAAUAAUAAGUCAGCACAGUUAAAAGCUAGUGUUACACAGUUAAAGUCCCCACUUACCUUACAAAUGUUACAAAUUGGCCUGGGGUGAUUGCUCAGUGACAAGAGUAAUGGCUCUCACAGAGGAUGUAGGUUCAAUUCCCAGCACCAAGGUUACUAAAUCCAUCUUUAACUCUAGUUCCAGGAGAGCCAAUGUCCUCUUCUGACCUCUAUGAUACUGCACGCACAUGGUGCACAUACACACAGGAAAAAAAAACACCCAUACCCAUAAAAUAAAAAUGAAUAAACCUCUUUAUCCAAAGAAGUGUCACAAAUAUGUAGGAAAAGGACUGUAUGUGAUAUGAGGAUUGUUGUUUAAUAUCUGUGAUCCAAAUAUGUCUAAACAUGUUAUCAAUUUAUUAUGUAUCACUUAUUCUAUGUAAACUUUGUAGUUGUACUCUUUAGUUAGAGUGAAAUG